CUGAGGGCCCAGAUACCUAGUUCUGAGGGUGCAGGGGGCUGGGGACCUGGACUUCUAGAUUUUGAGGGAAGGCGGUGGGGCUGGACUCCUGGGUCCGAAGGAGAAGGCAGCUGGGGGACGGGCUCUGGGGUCUCGAUGGCGGAGGGGUCAGGAGCCCAGACCCGGGCCCGCUGAGCACCGGCUCCGUGUAGCUCCCUGGCCGCUGGGGUCCGGUGUUCACGGUGUGGCUGGGCCCGCGCCCUGCAGUGGUGCUAUGUGCAGCUACGCAGCGCUGCGGGACGCAUUAGUGCUGCAAGCGGAUGCCUUCUCCGGCCGCGGGGCCAGGGCAGUCUUCGAACGCUUCACACGCGGAAACGGCAUCGUGGUUUCUAACGGGCAGCGCUGGCGGACGCUGCGCAAUUUUGCACUUGGAGCACUUCAGGAGUUCGGCUUGGGUACGCGGACCAUCAGGGACAGUGUCCUGGAAGAGGCGCCUUGUCUGCUUGGCGAAUUUCAAGACAGCGUUGGAGCUCCGUUCGACCCCUGGCGGCUACUAGAUAAUGCUGUAUCUCAUGUUAUGUGUUCCGUGGUCUUUGAGAACCGCUAUGGCUACGAGGACCCAGAGUUCCUGAGGUUCCUGGACCUCUUCAAUGACAACUUCCGCAUCAUGAGUUCCAGAUGGGGUGAGGAACAGAAGGGCCCGGAGAGCCAUUUCCAGGAGACAUUGGUGAUGAUGACGCACAACCACUUCUUGGGCAGUACCGAGACCACAAGCACCGCCCUGCGCUAUGAACUCCUCUUUCUGCUCAAACACCCAGAGGUGGCAGGCUUGUGAGCUGGACAGCUCGGGACGAGGCGGCUAGGGUUUCGGGUUGGCUGGAGGCUGGGCUACGCAUAGUUCACAUCUCUGCCGGCCCCAGCCAAAGCGCAGGCGGAGCUGGAUCCCGUGGUAGGUCGAAUGUGCGCCCCAAGCCUGGAGGACCAAGAGCGCCUGCCCUACACCAACGCCACGCUGCAGGAGAUGCAGAGCGUCUUCAGCGUGCUACCGCUGGAGCUGCCGCGUGCCCUCACCUGUGAUGCCCACCUGCGCAGCCACUUCCUGCCCAAGGUGCCCACCAAGACUGGGGAUCCUGCGCAGGGGCUGGGGAGGGCCUAUUAACAGAGAUCAGCAGGCCUAAGCGUCCAGAGCACUGACUCUGGGAGCAAGGAAGUAGGCCUUCCUUGCCACUGGCUUCGAAAUGGGGUCUUGGAUGGACGUUUGGAAGAGUCACUUGCCAAUUUUUCAAGUAACCCUUGCACAUCUCCCCUGGGCACCUUCAUGAUUCCUCUCCUUGUGUAUGCACACCAGGAUCUCACCCAAUUUAAGGACCCAGACUGUUUCAAUCCCACCAACUUUCUGAAUGACAAGGGUGAGUUCCAGAGCAACAACUCCUUCAUGCCCUUUGCCCCAGGUCUGGGCUGGGCAGGGAGGGGACCAGUCUGGACAUGCCACGGGGUGCAUGGGUUUGUCACUCCACACCCCCACGUCCCCAGGAAAGCAAUGUGCCUGGGUGCAGGCCUGGCCCGAUCCGAGAUCUUCCUCACCUCCAUUCUACAGCAGUUCUGCCUGCUCCCUGUGGGGAGCCCCGCCAACAUCGACCUCACCCCACAGUGCACUGGCCUGGGCAACGUGCCCCCAGCCUUCCAACUCUGUCUGGUGGCCCGCUGAAGUCAGGUUCAGCCACCCUCUGCUCACUGGCUCUCAGACCUCCUU